GAUUGAUGGUUAGACUAAUAAAUUUUUACAUUUUUUUAUUGAYAAUUGUUUCAGAUUUAGUAUAGCAAUUUAUCAUAUGAAUAAUUUUUCAUGAGUGCAUUUCAACUAUAUCAGUUCGUGCACAAUGCUUCAUUAAACAAUGACGGGAUUUUCGAACGAAAAACAUUGUACAUUUUGCAGAUCGAUAUAGGUAACUAGGGGUUUGGAAUCAUURACAAAAUGACUAACUGCUCGUUGUUUAAAAUAAUGAAUCUAAAAGGAUUACGUGCUAUUAAUAGAUAUACAAUAUUUACRAGAAAUAAUCAUUGGUCGAAGUACAGCUACGUGUGCGGGGCCUCCAGUGACCCACUCAAAGCUUAUACGAUUGGAGGAGUUUUCAAUGACGUCGUGCAACAGAAUCCUGACCGAGAGUUCUUAGUUAGUCGACAUGAGAACAAACGAUACACGUUCGCCGCAAUGGCUUCCGAGGUGGACAAGCUGUGCAGGAGCUUUAAUGCCAUUGGACUCAAUCACGGGGACCGGGUUGGAAUAUGGAUGCCCAAUUGUGUGUUAUACUUAACGGCGAUUAUCGCGACAGCUCGCCUGGGACUGAUUUUGGUAAACAUAAACCCUGCAUAUCAGAGUGACGAAGUGAAACAUACUUUAACACUGGCUGACGUAAAGUGUCUAUUGGUCUUAGAGAAAUUCAAGACCCAAAAUUAUCCUCAAAUAUUAGAGAAGGUCGAUCCGGAUAUUUGGAAGCGACCAUCUAAUACACCGAUCAAGUCGAAAGUGUUGCCCACGCUUAAAUCAGUUAUUUUUGAUUCAGAAAACCAUAUAAACGGUGCCUAUAAUUUACAAACAUUUUUUGACUUGGGCUUCAAUUCAAAUUAUAGCAUUCCUAAUGUUCAACCAGACGAAGGAUGUAUUAUUCAGUUUACUUCAGGUACCACUGGUAAACCAAAAGCAGCAUUAUUAAAUCACUUUGGUCUAAUGAACAACGCCUACUCUAUAAUGAAGCGCUUAGGGAUCAACGAUGACAACAGUAAAGGAAAAAUAAAUAAAUUCUGCAAUCCAAUGCCUUUAUUUCACGCUUCGGGUUUAUCAAUCGGUGCUCUUGGACCUAUGAUUACCAAAUCAACUAUUGUUUUACCGUCAGCCCACUUUGACCCAAAAGCCACGGUCGAUGUUCUUACCGAAGAAAAAUGCACAAUUUUAUUUGGUACGCCGACUGUAUACGUUGACAUUAUGUCCGUUUUCGAAAAACUUUCGCCGAAAUUACAAGACAACAAUUUAAAGUACGGAAUAACUGGUGGUGCCACGUGUUCUCCGAUCUUGAUGACUAAGUUUAAUAAAAUGUUUCCACGUGCUAAAAUAUUGAGUUUGUUCGGGAUGACAGAAACCAGUCCAUGUACGUUUCAAAGUUUCUUAAGUGAUUCAGAUGAACGAGUACAGACAACGAUGGGUUUCAUACAAGAUCACGUGGAGGUCAAUCAAUUCGUUUUGUACGAAGAUGGAUAUGCCAAUCACGUUGGUAGAUUAAAAGAAAUGAUCAUCCGUGGUGGUGAAAACUUAUUUCCCAAAGAAAUAGAAUACUUUUUGGAAUCUCAUCCGUCGAUUUUACAAGUUCAAGUAUACGGUAUACCUGACCAUCGGAUGGGUGAAGAAGUGUGUGCCAGCGUCAUCGUCAAAGAAGGGGUUACAAUUACCGAAGCUGACAUAAAAGCGUAUAGCAAAGGAAAGAUCUCCCAUUUUAAAAUACCUAAAUACAUAUUCAUUGAAAAGGAUGGGUUCCCGAUGACGGCAACGGGCAAAGUGCARAAGAACAGAUUAAGAGAAAUUGCGAUGCAACGGAUUUCAAGUCUUACUACCAAUACCACCUAAUAUAUAGUCAUAAAUCGUAAUAUUUAUUUAUUUAUUUUAUCACGACCGAUAUAUGCUUCUUAUCCAAUGAAUAAUAUUACACAAAACAGUGAUAAAAUCAGCUCUAUUCUUUAGGCAUUCGAAUCUAUCGUUUUAUGUAUUUCUGUGGUGAUUGUGAAUUUGUAAAAUUAUAUAAUAUCAACUGAAAUUUAUUUUAUCAUAAUAUAUAGAACAAAUACUGUAACUAUAUACGUAAACAGGAAGUUAUAUUUACAAAGUUCAUUAGGUAAAUAUGCUAAAUAAUCAUAUUAUAAUUUUUAAUUAAUAUUAUUUAUUUUACGUUAAUCGUGUGUAUUGUUAUUAGUUAU